AUGGCGGAUCCAUCGAUAUCGUCCGCUAUCCUGGAAGGCGUCCCUGUAGGAGGUACCGUUUCAUCGGUGCCAUCCUCACUCGAGGGCGUUACCAUCAAGGUCGGCGACUAUUUCCCGGACAUGAAAUCGUUCCGAGCCAAGCUGGGCCUUUAUGGUAUCACGCACAAGUGCCCAUACCGUGCACGGAGAAGUGAUAACAGUCGCUUUGUGGGCAUUUGCCCUGCUGUUAUGAACGAGAUCAAGAAAGAGCAUAAGCAUGACAAGAAAGACGACAAUAGCAGUACGGCUCCUGCUGAUCCCAAGGUAACGUGUCCUUUCAAUGUCAUUGCUCGUCGACGAAAAGAAGGUGGCGUUACCGUGACGCGUGCCAUUCUUCAUCACGCGCCGAACUGUACUGCUCCUGUGACCUUUUCUACAUCGGCGACCUCAGCGUACAUGGCGCAACUCAUGGACGAAAAUGCAUCGACUAUUGCCCCUCGUGAAAUUGGAAAGUAUGUGCAUGAAGCCACAGGUACGAAACUGUCCUAUUCAACAUUGUGGCGUACCUCCCAUUUGCUGCAGACCAAGGAACGUGAACGACAGGAUGCGACCUUCAAAAAGAUUGUGCCUUUUCUCAACGCGUUCAGAGAGGCUAACCCUGGCACCCUUGCUGUUGUAGAGCAGCAUCCCAAUGGUCGAUUCUAUCGCAUGUUUUUAUGCCCAGGUGCUUUAGCCAGUGCUUUUGGCGACUGUCCCUUUGCUCUGCACGUCGAAUCUACCCCAAUUUCGUCUUGCUACGAAGGUUCUUUGUUGGUUGUCUAUGUCAAGGACGGUCUUGGUGCUCUCAUCCCCACAGCUUUUGCUAUUACUUCACGCGAAGACGAAGAAAAUUGGCGCUUCUUUUUUCAUCAAUUGCUCACUGCCUUGCCCAUCAUUGGAUGCCCAGGCGUUACCAUCUCUCACGUUAAGGAUCCAGCUAUUGAAGGCGCUCAAAUGGCUGUACUGCCCGCCUCGCGCAGCACCAACAAUUUCAGUCGCUUGGACUGGACCGCCUCGGGUACACUACACGAGUAUUAUUCUCAAUUGCAACAUCUCUGUACUGGAAGCUACUUUUCUCUCAUGGUAGGAUGGAUCACGCAAGUGGCUGUGUUGGUGUAUGCGCGGUAUGUGGAAAUGGAGUCAGAGCGAAGCGUAUUCCCAGGCGGUAUCUUGGGCCGCGGUAGCGUGCACUUCAGUGGCUGGGAAGUCGCUUCAUUCGGACCCUCAGAUUAUCUUGUGGUCAAUGCGCAUGAAAAGCAACAGGUGAACUUGGCCCUUCGCUCCUGCAGUUGCGGACAAUGGAUCGAACACCCUUUCCCCUGUAUCCAUGCUACACGAUGCUUGCCCCUCGAACGUCUCGUGGGUCUUGGUCAAUUUGUUCAUCCGUCCUAUUUCACUGAAAGUGUGCGUCGCUGCUAUUCUAGGCGUAUGACUCUGAUCGAUGCCGAUACCGUUACUCCCCAAGCAGACCCUCCCAUGGACGGUGCUACUAAUUUUGUGAACGAGCAUGGUGAUCCCACUACUGAUGGUGUCGUUGUUCCCGCAGAGAUGCCCCUUCUGCCUCCUACUUCAUUGACCCCUGUGAAGCGUGGUCGUGGUCGUCCCCGGGUUGUACGCCAAAGCGGCAAUGGUCGAGGCGCUAUGAGCGCUAUGUAUCAAUGUGGUCAUUGCAAUGGGAAAGGACACAAUUCACGCACAUGCCCAUUAAACCAAAAGCCAGAUAUGCAAUCUGCUGCUCAGGUUGCCAAUGUGGCUCUAGCUACUGGCCCCACACCCCCAUCAUCGUCGCAUGUAUUUGGUGAUGCGACCGUCCCCUUCUCCAUAGAUGCCACCUUGUCGGCAUCCUCCACUACCGUGUAA